AUGAUCACCACCUGCACCUCAAAUCUCGGCACAGUGGAACGUGUAACCCGCCUGCUGUUCCAUUUAACUACAUUUGUUCCUAUAAUCCAUAGCCUAACAGAACGCAGCAGCGAGGGGCAACCCGCCCAUCCAGCCAGCGGGGGAGGAUGGCACUACUGGCAAAGACCGUCUGGCGAAAACGCCUCAGGAGCGAAGCAUGGUAGGCCUGCGUCAGGGGAGCAUAGGGAGGAAAGGGAGCCCGGACGGUGGAAGAGCCAGGGGAGGCCAGGUCAUUUGACGGAAAUGGAAGGCUUUGGACUAUGA